GACACAGUGGUCACAAAGCAGAAGGAAGGGAAAGGCACAGCACCACAAUAGCACGCGACCUGGGACCCCAGCAAACAGAACGCCAGGGACCACCGACCAGCCACCGGAACCCAGGCGCACCCCUCCGGGGCAAAGCAAAGGCAGACCGGGGCCCCAACAACAGGCGAAGCAACCAGCGGACUCACAGAACAGAGCAAGAAACAGACUCACGGGACAGAGCUGGAAAGAGAAGAGAGGAGAAACACGGAAACCCUGCACCCAAGCCCAAACCACCGCGAGCACGGGAACCCAAGCAGGCGCACACACAACCGAGCGCCGGCACACCCGCACCAACCCGCAGCAAACCGGGCCGCAGGCAACAAGCAGGCCAGAGGACACAGGCGGCUGCUACCCGACCGCCACGCACGCGCGCCUUUGCAAAUGACUGUGCGCACUGACCCACCGCCCAAGCACCACCAUCGGGCUCGCCGCCACCACCGCCAAACGGGCCUCCUCCAGCCAAAGAGCUGCUCGCACGCCCAGCAGCGCCGCCGGCCGCUCAACCACCGAAGGCGACGGCCGCCGCCCAGCAGACGGCAGCAGGAAACCAGCCCGCAGGCCAGAGCCCGCGGCCCUGACGGCGCAAGUGUUCGCGCGCUUGGCGGCAGGGGCCUCAACGAGGUGGAAGCGGCGGCGCCGGGGGAAGCAGCGGCGCCGAUGGAGGCGGCGCCGGCGGAAGCGGCGGCGCCGGCGGAAGCGGCGGCGCCGAUGGAGGCGGCGCCGGCGGUGGAAGCGGCGGCGGCGGUGGAGGCGGCGGCGGCGGUGGAAGCGGCGGCGGCGGUGGAAGCGGCGGUGGCGGUGGGAGCAGGCACCACGGCCGCCGCCGGCAGUGGUUCGGGCAGCGCUGGCGCCACGGCUGCCUUCCGCCGGCUUUUGCGAGCCUUGCCGGAGCGCGCUGGCGGGGGAGGCGAAGACGGACGCCACUCCUGCGGCAUGCAGCGGCGCCGGUACGAACGUGGCGGGUGCCGGGCGACGGGAGCCGCGGGGACGGCGGCGGCCGCUAGGCAGCGGGCCGCCCGCGGCCACCGCGCGGCGCCAAGCCUGCUGCGUGUGCCGGCUCUUCCUCCAUGUCGUCCGGCCCCGCCACCCAGGCCGCCGCGCCAACGCCAGCGCGCGGAGUGCCAAAUCGCACCACUGCAUGUGCUCGGACCGCCAUCGGCCCAUCGCCUGCGGACUGCGGCCGCCCCGCGCCACGCGAGCACGGGCCGGCGCGCGACGAGCGGGCGACAGGCAGCUGUCCGACGGCACCUUCUUCAGGCCGCCCAAGCAGGCCGCCUACACCUGUUGCUAUCAGCGCCAUCCAGAACACGGCACCAACGCGCUGUUUGCUACACCACUCUGCAUCGGCAACCGCCCUUCCGUGCCGCGGUGGAGAGCUGGCCAGCCUUAAACCUCGUACGGCACUCGAACGCUAACUCGAACGCACUCGAGCAUGCUUUCGGCCUUCAGAAGCAGUUAGCCCAUGCGGUUUUCUGAAUGCAUGGUUUUGGACUCAUGAUCCUGCAAAGGAUUUCACAAUAAGCAGAGGGAGCAGCAAUAACUGGGCCUGGAUUUUCAAUGGCGCCCGGGACUUCGCGCCACAUUCAGAGCAUGUACUCUCGAUCGCUCAAAAACUUC